UUAUAUUUUUUUCUUCAUCAUUAUAAACAAACUGGAAAACCUCAGUCGUAUUCCAUCUCGUGUACAAGCAUUUCCUACUUUUUCAAGAAACAAAAAAUAAAAAAAUCGAAUUUAUUUAGUUAAUUUUGAAAUUUAAUCGAUAGCACUUGCAACAACAUAUCGAUUGCAUUUUGUUCGCUAAAACUAUCGUGGUUUGUUUCGGUUAAUUUGUCUUCAAAAACUGUUUCGUUGGCUUUCGUUCGUUUAUAUAUUUUUAUAUUAGUUUAAUAUUACGUUGGAAUUGACGGGCCAAGAUGUUACCCAAUCCCAAAGGACAGUUGACAAAGCAGCUACUUGAUUUCUUUACCCAACCAUUGGACCAUGAGGAGAAUGAAGCUAAAAUCGUUCAACCUUUCCAACGUUGCGGCGAUUUGGUGCACUUUCAACAUGAUAGCCUUUCCGUGUGCGAUGUUAGCAUAAUGGGCCACAGAAUUAAUUGGGAGCACUUUUGCCUCAAGAAUCAAUUGAAGAUGCGCUGGGAGAAGAAGGGCAACAACGAGGCCCAAGCAAAGGUGCUCUUUCAUGAGGAAUUGGUACAGAAACUGCUAGAGGAGUCGAACGAAACUUGGCUAUUCCCAUUGGAAAGUGCAUUGCCCAUGCCUAAGGAACGCUAUGCUUUGCGUUUCCAGCGUAUACCCAUUAUACGUUAUGUGCUCGGUGCCAUAAUGGAACAGGGCGCCGAUUAUGGUAAGCACAAGGAUGCGACUGUAGCUCGUCCACUCUCCAUCACUCUGGAGGCGGCUGAUUGUAAUGACCAGGAACUGCGUUAUUUUCGCCAAUAUCGAUUGUAUCACAUUUUGCUACGUUUGAUUGCGUAUUCCGAUUGGAAUGUAGUCCCGGCUGCCAAGAAGGCCGAUAAUAAGAUUAUGAAUAUGCGCAUACAAUUACAGAGACCCAAAAAACAAAAGGACAAUACUGUGACAAUCGUUUGUGGACCCGUUCUAGAGCCGGGUAAAAAGACAGCCACCAAUUUAAAGAGUGGCAGUUAUAUGGCACUCCGUUCUAAUGAUAUGAUAUUGAUGGCCAUGCAUCGCAAUGGAGUACGUGACAUUGGAAAUAAUAAAAGAGAUGCCAUGCUAAUGGAAAGUCUGGGCUCUGCCGCUGUUGUGGUUGAUCUCUUUGAGGUGCGUCAUGCCUCGGCAGCGACUGUGGUACGCAACAGCAGCGGUUGCUCCAAGGGAGCAGCAUUUAUUUUAUAUAAUUCGGCACGUCUGGAAACCCUUUUGCGCUCAUUUAAUGCCCAAGUGAAGGCCGGUGUCUAUCAGCCAUUGCCACCACUAAAUGAAAUUGAUUUCUCACUCUUGGAAGACGAUCUUGAUUGGCAGCUCAUCUAUGGCUAUUUGUUGGCCUUUCCACAUGUGGCCGAAUCAACAUUGGUUCAAUUGCAAAGGGGACUAUGCGGUGUUCAUACUCUAGUGCAUUUCAUUGCCGACAUGGCCAGGCAAUUUAGUCGCUAUUAUCGCAAUAAGCAAGUCCUUUUGCAGGGUCGCGAUCAACUGACACCCGUUCUCCAUGCCCGUGUCUAUCUAAUCAAGGCUGUACGUGAAGUUCUUAAUGCGUCUCUGGCCAUCAUGGGGAUUAAGCCCGUCACUUAUAUGUAAAAUCCAAAUCAAAAUCAAAUAUUUUUAUGAAUUGUUGUUUUUUGUUUAAAUGUAUAUGUGUUAAAUACAUAUAUACAUUAUUAUUAGUUUAUAUAUGACUAAAAUCGUAAGACUUGUGCUUAAUGCAUAGACUGCUAAAGCUAUUUACCACUAAGUUCUGAUUUAUAUACUUAUAAUAUGUAAACAUGUUACUCUGCGGGCUCUGCCUUAGAGGUAUGAUGUCCGUUGUCCACCUUCUACUUACUACUACUAUAAAGAGGCUAUAUAUAAUUUAUAGUUUCUCAAUAAAAUUCUCAGGGGAAAUACAGACAUUUAAUGAAACAAA